AUGAUCAAGGAUGAAGAGGACCAAGAACUAGAGAUUCUGAUGCCUAAGAAAGAAAGGGAUAACAUGAGGGGCUCUGACAACAAACUGAGUUUGGCAUGGGUUGUUGCGGCUUUGGUGAUGGCGCUGCAGGUCUUCCUUCUCGGCAGGAAUUCCAAGGGUGGAAGUGUCAGCAGCAGCAGCAGCAAUGCAGCGCAGUUCCUCACCGAGUACGAUCUCAUUCGCGCUCACUCUACUCUGAAUCCAAGCUUCCAUACCAAUAAUCCAACGCCUAUGGAAUUCGAAACCGCAAUGAAAGCUACAGGAAUCACCAAAGAAGAAUAUGCGGCCUGCAAUUCGUCUAUUCACCUGGAUCCUGAUAGAAAGAUCUGUGCCAAGACUGGCAAGGGCAGAUGCUACAAACCAGCAACCGGUGAUGGCGAUGGCCCUGUUGAAAUAAAGUGCCCACCCCAACAAGGUUCUCGGUGGUUGCCAGAUUGCUACCAGUAUAACGCUUCCAAUCCUCAGACCCGUGAUAUAAUCUGCUACGUCAUUAUUCCUUGUGUUGAGAGUGUAUCCCAAUGGGCAGCACAUUCUCUUCAAUUAUCUGACAGAUCAGGUUGGAGUUGGUAUUGGAGUGGAGAGAAUGCGGGCUGGUUUGGGGGCCCGGAUGCACAAAAUCCAGUUUUCACAGCCGAUAGUACCGCAAGCGGUUUUCGCUUGGCAACUAAUCUGACUAGUCCCUACAAACCCGAGGCCGAACUGUGUUUGAAAAAGGCUGCCCUGAAGGCACUCUCUCGAAAUGGUUGGGAACUCGCAUCUCCAGGCGAAGCCUUUAAGGAGGAAAAUUGGACCGUCGUCAAGAAAACUCCAAUCAAGUAA